AAUUGUUGUCAAGCGCGUGUCAAUCUGAAAGAGUGUGAACAGUGAAUAUUGCAUAAGUCACUGUUUGCAGAUUUCCCUUUGAGAGAAGUUACAUUCGCCGUGGACCUUUGAUCGACACGGGUCGCAGCUGCAGGGUUCGGUUCGGUUCGUCCGUGCUUCGUCUCGCUCGCUGGCUGGCGUCUACAUGGAAGUAUUUUUAUACACAAAAUCAACCUGUCGCCCUUUGGGUUUUGAUCGGAUACCUGACACAUUUGGGGUUUAUUGCUGUGCUGAGUAAUCACGGUAAGCCUUGGCUUUCUGCCCGAUCGAGCAGUCGCUGGGCUCGUGGACAUUCGAGGCUCGUAUUCUGUGAGAAAAAUUGAGAGAAGUGAAUAAUGCCCAAAGAUUUCUACUGGUCCCGUUGCUGCAGAAAUGCCCUGAGGCUGAGUCUGGAGUGAAGCCAAGGUGAUAUGCAUUGAGGAUGAGUGCUGUCGGGGAAAACUCGUCGGACCCUGCCAGGUCAGAGGCUCAAAAGCGCAAGGAAUGCCCAUCAGACCUCCUCGGCCCAAGUCCCAAACGAAGCACUGAGAAACGCAACCGGGAACAUGAAAAUAAAUACAUAGAGGAGCUCGCAGAGCUGAUUUUCGCAAACUUCAAUGAUAUCGACAACUUCAAUGUCAAGCCUGACAAAUGUGCAAUCCUCAAGGAAACCGUCAAACAGAUUAGUCAAAUUAAAGAGCAAGAAAAAGCUGCUGCAGCCAAUGAGGAUGAAGUGCAGAAGGCUGAUGUGUCGUCGACAGGCCAAAGUGUUAUUGACAAAGAUGCCCUUGGACCAAUGAUGCUGGAGGCCUUAGAUGGAUUCUUCUUUGUGGUGAACAUGGAGGGAAACAUCGUAUUUGUGUCAGAGAACGUGACGCAGUACCUGCGGUAUAAUCAGGAAGAGCUGAUGAACACCAGUGUUUAUAGCAUCCUGCAUGUAGGAGACCAUACAGAAUUCAUCAAAAACCUCCUGCCCAAGUCACAUGUGAACGGAGUGCCGUGGUCCAGCGAGAAUCCUCGGCGGAACAGCCACACCUUCAACUGCCGCAUGCUCGUGAACCCUCACAGCGAGGCCGAAGAGACGCAGGAUCACGAGGCACAGCAGAAAUAUGAGACUAUGCAGUGUUUUGCUGUGUCUGAACCAAAGUCCAUCAAGGAGGAGGGAGAGGAUUUCCAGUCGUGUCUGAUCUGCGUAGCGCGGAGAGUACCCAUGAAAGAGAGACCCAUGCUCCCCACGCACGAAAGCUUCACCACCCGCCAAGACCUCCAAGGUAAGAUCACCUCCCUGGACACCAGUCUGUUACGAGCCUCUAUGAAACCAGGCUGGGAAGACUUGGUGAGAAGAUGCAUUCAGCGCUUUCACCUUCAGAACGAUGGAGACAUGUCAUUCGCCAAGAGGCAUCAGCAAGAAGUGCUAAGGCAAGGACAGGCAUUCAGUCCCAUCUACCGGUUUUCCCUGUCCGACGGGACCAUCGUCUCCGCUCACACCAAGAGCAAACUGGUUCGGUCACCUGCUACCAACGAGCCACAGCUCUACAUGUCACUGCACAUUUUACAAAGGGAGCAGCCCGUCUGUGGCAUGAACCCUGACCUUGGGAACGCUCAGAAUAUGGGCAAGUCCAUGAAUCCCAUGAGUUCUCCCAAUACAGCAGGUUCCUCUGGCGCCCCCCAGGGACAAGAUGCCACCGUCAGCAGCAACACAUCCACUUUCCCCUCCCCCGGUGGCCAGAAGGAGCCCGGCGCCAUCGGCCCAGUACAGGGCCACCGUUUCGGGUGCCCGGGAGCUAUGAGCCAUUCGGCAACCAUGCAGGCAGCCACCCCUCAGGGCAGUGGCUAUCCGCUGAAGUUGAGCAGCCCAUCUCAGGGCAGUCCGGGCAUGCUUUCUCCGCGCCACCGAGCCAGUCCCGGAGUGGCAGGAUCUCCACGCCUACCCCCGCCGCAGUUCUCCCCGGCAAGCAGCUUACAUUCACCUGCGAGUAUGUGCACUAGUAGUACAGGUGGCAAUGGGGGAGCAGGCGGUAAUCAUGGCUACACAAGCAGUUCCCUUAACGCCCUCCAGGCACUUAGCGAGUGCCACGGUGUGAGCCACGGCCAAUCACUGGGCUCACCCGACAGGAAGAUGGGGUCACCGGCCACGGUGGGCGUCAAUCUUCACAUGCUAAACAAAAUGGGAGCUUCAGAGUCGUUCGGCGAGCAGAACCCAGCAGAGCAGGGUAACGGCGGGCAGGACGAUGGCACCGAACAGCCGAGAGACGAAAAGGGCAACCUCGGCCAGUUUAACAACCCGGACGCCAGUGAUCCGCAGAACCGGCUGCGUGACAACAAAGGCCAUACUAAACUCCUGCAGCUCCUCACCACUAAAACUGAGCCUAUCGAGUCCACCUCGCCCCCUCCGAUGGCUGGUGGGGAUGGGUGUAAGGACCCUGCUGGAGGCCCUGGGAACGGCGGCAUGGGCGCCCAAACCGGAGCCGGGUCGCAUGCUACUUCCCUGAAAGAGAAACAUAAGAUCCUUCAUAGACUUCUCCAGAACAGCUCGUCGCCCGUCGACCUGGCCAAGCUCACAGCCGAGGCCACGGGGAAGGAGCUGUGUCAGGAUUCUGCAGGUGGGGCAGCCGGUGUGGCUGAUUUAGCCAUUAAACAAGAGCCCGUCAGCCCCAAGAAGAAGGACAACGCCCUGCUGCGCUACCUACUGGAUAAAGAUGAUAAUGUACUUAAGGAUAAAGGCAUCAAGAUGGAACCAGGAGAAAUAAAGGUGGAGGGCAGUAAGAUGCAGGGAAUUAAGACGGAGAAAACUGAUGGUGGCUAUGACCGCGUGGAGCCGUCGAGCGAGCUGGAUGAUAUUCUGGAUGAUCUACAAAACAGUCAGCCGGGCCUGUUCUCGGAUUCCCGGCCUGUGUCUUUGCCCGCUGCCGUGGACAAGCAGUCAAUCAUCAAUGACAUCCUGCAGAUGACUGGAGAGGGUGGAGCCAGCAUGGGUCCCCAGCAACAGAGAGCACUACAGGCUGUGAGCCAACAGAAUUUCGCUCCACGACCAGGUCAGCCCGGCAGAGCUCCUCCAGUGAGAAGCGUGUCUUUGGAUAUGAACAUGCCUGCUAAAGGCGCUCAGGGUCAGUACCCUCUGAUGAGGAACAGCAGCCCCUACUCGCUCAUGCAGCAGCAAGGCAUGAUGGGAAACCACGGUGUCAUGCCCAAUCAGCCCAACAUGGUCAAUGCAGGAGUGAUGGGUAAUAACGGUCCCCGUGUAGGCAUGCAACAGGACGGCUGGGGCGUACAGGGUCCCGUCCCCGUCGGCAAUGCGGCCUCACCCGUCACAACCGCUCCAGCCGGCCAGCAUUCUCUCCCGCAGGGGGCGCUCCACUCUCGCAUGGUGCCCAACUCUGGAGCAGGCAUGCCCAUGAGGCCCAACAGCCAGCCUGGACCCAGACAGAUGCUUCAGUCCCAGAUGAUGUCCAGUGCCCAGUCAAACAUGGACAUGGGCAUGGCUGGCCACCAGUUUCCCCAGCAACAGGCACCGCCCAAUCAGACGGCUCCAUGGCCAGACAGUGUGAUGCCUAUAGAGCCGGUGCCAUUUGGGAACCAGAACAGCUCCAUGUAUAGCGGUUCUCAGGAGGACGUUCUGUGCCCCCCUGCCCCUGAGGGUCCGGCCGAUGAGGGGGCUUUGCUCAGCCAGCUCUACACGGUUCUCAAAGAUUUUGAUGGUUUAGAGGAGAUUGACCGUGCCCUAGGCAUCCCAGCUUUAGUGGGACAGGCUCAGCCGGUGGAGCAGGAUCAGUUCCCCGGUCAGGACCCCAGUAUGAUGAUGGAUCAGAAGCCGCCCAUGUACGGCCAGCAGCAGUACGCCGCCUCCCAGGCCCACAUGCAGCAGGGCGGCUACACACCCAUGCAGGACCCCAGCUUCCACGGCAUGACGGCACAGAUGGGGCAGAGGCCGGGCUACCCCAUGCUCCGCAUGCAGACUAGACCAGGACUCAGGCCCGCUGGGGGCGUCCCCACCCAGCCCAAUACACUCAGACUGCAGCUGCAGCACAGGCUACAAGCACAGCAGAAUCGUCAGCCUAUGAUGAAUCAGAUGACUGGAGUGUCAAAUAUGAACCUACCUCUAAGACCCAACGUUCCGAAUCAGGGGACAAUCAACGCUCAGAUGCUGGCCCAGCGGCAGAGAGAGAUGCUGAGUAAUCAUUUGCGCCAGCGUCAGCUGGACCAACAACGGCAGCAGCAGCAGCAACAACAGCAGCAGCAGCAGCAGCAGCGCAGCAUGGUCAUGCGAGCCCAGGGCCUCAACCUGCCGCCCAACAUGGCGGCGGCGGCAGCGGCAGGCAUGCCCGGAGCCAUGAGCAACCCGCGGAUCCCCCAGGCCAACCCCCAGCAGUUCCCCUAUCCGCCCAACUACGGUACAGGACUGGCCUCGCCGCCCCCCUCCAGCAGCCCUUUCUCCCCCGGUUCUCCCAACCUCCCUGCCCCCCAGCUCCUCUCUCACAGCGCCAUGCAUGGCUCUCAGAUGAGUCUAGCUAACCAGGGGAUGCUGGGCAGUCUGAGCGGACAGUUUGGGGCUGUUAUGAGCCCUCAAAUGCAGCACAGUGCCUUUCAGUUCCCCAGCUCAGGUAUGAGUCAGCAGUCGGACGGCGGGUUCGGUGGUGCCGCCACCCCUCAGAGCCCCCUCAUGUCUCCAAGGAUGGGCCACGCCCAGAGUCCCAUGAUGCAACAGGCGCAGGGCAACACCUCUUUCCAGUCCUCCCCUGACAUGAAUGGCUGGACACAGGGCAACAUGAAUGCCAACAGUAUGUUCACUCAGCAGUCGCCACCUCAGUUCAGCCAGCAGGCCAAUAACAACAUGUACAAUGGUAACGGCAUGAACCUCAACGUGUCCAUGGCCACAAACUCAAGCAACAUGGGCCAAAUGGGCAACCAGAUGAGCAUGAGCUCAAUGAACUCUGGACCUGGGGGUGGCAUGGCCAACAUGGGCCCCGAACAGCAGAAGUAUUGUUGACCCGGGGGGCAGACGACAUCCCAAUGCAGUAAAGCGAGUUUAAUGAAGAUGUUUCAUGAGUGAUUUUCAGCCGCAGCGUGAUCACGGAGAGUUUGGAGUGAUGCUGUGCUAUUUAAGCUGCUAUCGGGGCUGUACGGGUCUUUAGAGAGCCUGUCUACUGCCCCCUACUGGACAUCUCUAGAGGAUGCAUCAGGGGUACUGGAGCUCAGAGGGGAUGGACACUCUCCCUCACUCUCUCUCUCUCUCCUUCUCUUUCUCUCUCUCUCUCUCUCUCACACACACACUGACACUUUGAUCUUCUGGACCUAGAAACCCCCCCCCUCCUUCAGUCGAGCACGGCCUUCUGUCUCGUACUUACACUGCAAGCCCUUUCCGUCAGUCUGCUCCGUUGCAUUCACCGUAGUGUGACUUAGGUCUCCCCUGAAAAGACUCCAUGACAGUGGCAUCGGAAUCCUUGUCUCCCAUGAAUGUAUUCCUCCCUCUCUUUUCACCCCGUCUUUCUUCCUCUGGACUUCAGGCUCUUCUCGAGAAGACGUUCUUUUUGCCCAGCCAUCUUUCUUUCUGACUCCUUUCCGAUCUGAUGUUCCAAAACAGGCAAGAAGACUGCAUUUGAAACCCACGCUCAAAAUUCAGCCAUUUUGCCUUUUUUUUUUUUUUUUUUUUUUUUUUUUUUUUUUUGUUUGUUUUGUUUUGUUUCAGAGUGCAAAUAAAGAUAGAAUGAUGUUGAAACGGCAUCUACAUAUAGAUUAUGAGAAUUCAGAUGAUGGUUUGUAAAACUAGACUUAAUUUAGUCAAGAGGUUUAUUGUGUAUUAAAUUAAGUUUUAUUCUAAUGUAUAGUUUCUUUUUUUUAAAUAACAUUGUAGAUUUCUUUACAAAGCAUCGGUUAGAAAGAGAAAAAUCACUGGGAGUGCAUACGAAUUGCCUCAGAAUAAGAAAAACGUUCAGCAUACCUAUGGAUUUUGUUUUUCUUGGUCCAGUAGUUUCACAGAGAACGUGAUUUUUGUGGUUAGUAAAAUGAAAUGCUGGUAGAUUGUAAAUACCAAUAACGGGGAGGGGGGAAUCUGUUUCGUAUUAUAUUUAUUUUUUGAUUUUGUUUUUCGAUGUAUUCGCCCUUCCUCCCCUCAAAGUCCGGUCUUAACUGUUUCUGGAACUGAUUUUCUCACGACGAGCGCGUGCUCGUUUGGCGGGAAGACGAGGACGCGCCGAUUCCUAUGGUACUAAGGAAGGGGAGCUGGGGGCGAGGUGGUCCUUCUUUCCUGGGUGGGGGUCUGGGAGGGUGCUGUGUGUACAGUGUACAGAUACUCGCUUGCUUCUAAGCCUUUAGCCGGGAGCCCCACCGGAGGAACCCAACACAGCCAUAAACUCAACACUGAAGCGCGCUUUCUUUGUUGUGUGGAGUGACGUGCUUCAUGCCAGAUGCUAUAGGUACAAGCAGAAUCCGGUGUGUGUAAGAAAAGACAACAAGCAAUAAAUAUUACUUGAGAUUUUCUUUUCUUUUCGUUUUGUAAUUUUGUACAGGACUUUUCAGGAGACGCGUUCGCUUCCCCGGUUCAAACUCAGUAUUAAAGACAGAUUUUUUUUAUUGUGGUUUCUAUGACAACGAGAUGUCCAAAACUACUUGUUCCUCAGUGAAAAGCAGGUUUAAGUUCUGGUGUAGCCAAUAAAUGAAGAAAUGGGGGAAAAAAGCAGCAUUUAUGUUUUGCGCGUGGCUAUUCGUACAUUCACACUUAAUGUUCGCCGUCUCGAAGAUCCGGAUCGACGAGUCGGAGUCGGAUUCGGAUCGCUACAGGGCGCGUGAACUCUUAACGCUGUAAUGUACGCGAUACGGUUCGUGUUUUUUUUUAGCCUAUUCGAGGACGAAGCCAAAUUUCCUUGCCUUUGAAUUGAUCGACAGACUUACACAUACCACUUUCGUUUUGUUUUCGUCUCACGUCUGCGCACAGUCUGUAUCGGGGUUAGAUCGUCGGCCUUUAGCUUUCGCUGAAAAUACCGCCAUGUCAUCCGUGUUUAAGCCGGUGUGUUAAAAAAACGAAAAAAAAAAAAGUAAGCUUCUACAUGUUUUUAUUGAGUAUAUACUGUAUGUACCAGCAGCAACUGAGGUUUGCGACGACCAGCUCUGUCAUUAUGCGCCGAAGGUGUCGUGGUUGUGUACGAAUAUACCUGGUGUUUUCGGUAUAGCUUUUAGCUUUUCCUUUCGGACACUGUAAAUACGAAUUCACAUUGUUCGGGUGAAACCUCUCUCUGCCCACCACUCAAAACUUUCCGCAUCCCAGCCCGCGUUCUCGCGCGGGGUUUUAAUAAAAAUAAAAAUAAAAACUGAUUUAAUAAUCGAUUUUCAGCGCUGGCGUUUGUCGACCAAACCGAGCACUCGUUUACUCCGAGCUUUUUUUUUUUUUCCCGAUCACAAUUUUUUUUUUUGACGAAUGUCGGACGCCUUGGAGCGAGGGGCUGACAUCCGGACGCAUCCGUAUCACGUUGGAGAAUAGCCAGUUCUGAGGUCGCGCGCACGCGCCGCUUACACCCUCUGCGAAGCCCAAAGAUUGUCGAGAUUUUGAAACAAAUAUAAGCCAUGAUGUGAAGGUGGUGCAGAGUUUUCUAGUCUUUUUAUCAGCGCUAGUGCAAAAGGAGCCAUUUGUCCUAAUAAAAAAAAAAUAAAAAAUAAAGAAAUAAAUCAAUGGAAUUGUAACGGCUAUUGAAUUUCCUAAAAAUUGUCUUUACCUUACCUUUUGGGUUUUUUUCUGAGACUUUAAAUGUCUUUUUGUAUAGUCUGCCAAUUUCUUAGAGCUAAAUGCAACAACCUUGAAAUGCUAAAACUUAGCAUAUUGCCUUAGAUCUGUUUUACUGUCUUGUAUAUUACAAAAAGUUGUCUGUAUUAUAUUUGUAUAGUGAUGACAGGAUCGACCCAGUUCAUUACUGCUCAUCUAUUGCUGGAUACCUUACCUGUCUCUUUCUCUCUCUAUUCCCUCACACACCUGCACUCUCUCUCUCUCUCUCUCUCUCUCCUCGGUCUCGAUAUUGCUCAUUUUCCAUGUUUUGUUUGUGAUCAGUUGUGGGUUUUAUUAUUUGUACAGUCUUGAUUUUACCCUCUGAGUUAUGUGUGAGAAUGAAGACGAUGCAAUGGGAAAUCGAAGCAAUAUGUAAUUUAUAAGGACUUUUUGGAGAAAGCUUACAGUGUUGCGCUCCUGAGAUGUAUUUUUAUUUUAUUUUCUCCCCACCCCCGCCCAGUUGUGGUCACAUAAACAUCUCUGUUCAUCCGCAUCGAUGUGUGUAAUCUUAGUGUGAGCCUUUUAUGCAAAGUUAGAUAUACCGAGAGAAAUUUAAAUACAGUUAUGCAAGUUGUCGACUAAUAUGGCUUUGCUGAUGCUAUUUGAUGUUGAAUCAAAUUGAAUUGUAAAUAAAGAAUUCUGUUAUUGCAACAUUUA